CGGAGCCGGAGCGCACGGCGGGCGGCGCAGGAGGCGCGGCCCAGGGCCCAGGCGGCCUCCCCUAGGCUUCCCGAAGGCUGCGCGGUCCGCCGCCCGGGGGAGGAUGGAGGCGGCAGCUGCGCUGUGAGCCCGGCGAUCCUCCGGCCGCGCCCCCUCCAGGUCUCCAUCUCCGGGAGCAGGGAGCGCGGAAGAGCGAGCCAUGGCGGAAAACCUGCGGAGGCUGGCCUCAAACGAGGCUUUACGACUGUUGCAGGAAAAGCUAGAGUCUUGGGUCAAGGAGUACAGCACCAACUCAUGUGAUCAGAAUCUAAAUAACUGCCUUGAACUCAUCGAACAAGUUGCCAAAGUGCAGGGACAACUCUUUGGAAUUCUCACUACAACGGCUCAAGAAGGAGGACGUAACGAUGGUGUGGAGACAAUCAAGUCACGCCUGCUGCCUUGGUUAGAAGCUUCUUUUACCGCUGCUUCCCUGGGAAGACCUAUUGAUAACAAGGUGCCCUCUCUCCAGGACACGUUUGAUAGAGACCGACCGAAAGAGCAGAGUCUUCGGGAUCAAGACAUAGAACAGUUAAGCGCCAGCUUGAGCGCCACCCGUAAUCAAAUCAACCAGGUCCAAGACGAUCUGGCUGAAACUGGAAAGGCUCUUGAAGAAACCAAGAAGAGCUCGGCCAUAUCCCUUUUGGCUGCAGAGGAGGAAAUAAAUCAGCUAAAAAAGCAGCUUAAAUCCCUUCAAGCCCAGGAGGCUGCCCGCCAAAGGAGCUCUGCACCUAGGCACCAAGAGCAGUACAGAACUGAGCAGAAGGGUUUGACCAGGCAGAACACAGACCAGCGGGACACAGAGGCGUACGGGGUGUAUGAGAAACAGAUCCAAGGCCUGAAAGACGAGAUAGCUGUCCUGUCUGGAGACAAAUCUAGUCGCCAAGGAAGGUCAGCCAGGAACCACUCUCGUAGCCCUGAGCCUCAGAGCUACAGUGACAACUACAGCCAGAGCAGGUCUGCCAGCCCGUCCACCGCUGUUGCCAAGGUCAGAAGUCCCUCACCAAAUCGGUCCAAGCUGUCCAGUGUGGCUCGCAAGGCUGCCCUCCUGUCCAGGUUCAGCGAUGCCUAUUCACAAGCCCGCUUGGAUGCGCAGUGCCUGCUGCGGCGCUGCAUUGACAAUGCUGAGACUGUGCAGCGGAUCAUCUACAUUGCUACCGUGGAGGCAUUCCAUGUGGCUAAAAUGGCGUUCAGACACUUUAAGAUCCGGGUGAGGAAGUCAAUGUCACCAUCUUACGUGGGGUCUAAUGACUUUGAGAAUGCUGUUAUGGACUAUAUCGUUUGCCAUCUUGAUCUGUAUGAUUCCCAAAGUAGUGUUAAUGAUGUGAUCCGUGCCAUGAAUGUCAACCCCAAGAUCUCGUUCCCUCCUGAAGUCGACUUCUGCCUCCUCAGUGACUUCAUCCAGGAGAUGUGCUGUAUUGCUUUUGCAAUGCAGUCUUUGGAACCUCCCCUUGAUAUCGCCUUUGGGGCUGAUGGAGAAAUUUUUAAUGAUUGCAAGUACCGCCGCAGCUACGACUCGGAUUUCACUGCUCCCUUGGUCUUUUAUCACGUGUGGCCUGCUCUCAUGGAGAACGACUGUGUCAUCAUGAAGGGAGAAGCUGUCACCAAGAGAGGGGCUUUUUGGAAUUCGGUGCGUUCCCUAAGUCGAUGUCGAAGCAGGAGUUUAAGUCCCAUUUACCCUCAUAGCCGCAUCGGUUUAAGCACGAUAUCUCGGAGUCGGAGCCCUUCUCCAAUAAGAUGUACAUUGCCAAGGUUUUGAAGCCAACAGAUACAUUCCCUUGCCACAGUUCAUCGUAACAGCCAACUAACUUCUUCAGUGCCUCCAUCCAUCUGCCUCACCAGCCUCCGACCUCACUUAACAUGAUGUGAAAAGAGAGUUAAAUGUUUUGGCUCAGCAUGUUUGUAACUUCAGAUGUAUUGCAUUUUAUUUCUUUAUUUUAUUUUAGAGAUACAGAUUCCAUUAACUUCAUAAAAAUGAUUGCAUAGGCAUUUAGGAUCAUAUUCAUUUGAAGCAAAGUCCAUCAUGAAGGGUCAGGGUUUCCAUCCUGAAAUACAAAAUUCAAUAGAAUUACCUGAGUAGAAGUGAACAGGCUUUACCAUGUUGAGUCCAAAAGAAGAGAAUCAUUUUACUAACAGAUUGAGGAUAAAUAUUGUCCUCAAUGAUUGGUAUCAGCUUUUAACUUGACCCUGAUACUGGGUGUUUUAAUAGCCUUUUGAGGUUUGGAAGACAACGUGUCAGUGUCAGAUUGGGAUAGUUAUAGAUCGGUAUCAAUGACUCCAGGCUCAGUGAAGAAGAUAAUAAAAGAGUAAAGAUAGUUAACUUGCCCCUCUGUUCUUACACUGAGAGCCCCUGGAUUGAGUUUUUGAGAUAUUGGCCACUGAAGCAACUUAGUUGAGAGAAGUUUCUUGCUUCAUAAAUGCAGAAUAGUGGCUUGAUUAGAAGUUGGCCUUGAGAUAAGUGUUAGUUUGUAUUUAUCAUUAGGAAUGUUUCGCUAUAUUAAUCCAUCUUACCUGGAAUAUGCCAUUUCCCUAUUCUACCCACUUGUUUGCAAAUUCAGACCUCCUAUGAACUCAUCUGACUAAAAGUAUCCGAACUCAAAUCCUAGAACUAGAGGCCUAACUCACUGAUUAUAAAUUGAGCUUAUUUCCCUUGAUUUCUUCCUUGUGAGGUGCUUUUAAAAAUUCACAUGUAGAUAAAAAUGACUGCUGUGUUCUUUAGAUCAAGUUUUUUAUGUUUUUCUUUUCAAGCCAGCCUUAGACACACAAGCUUUACUACUGUUGACUGUCUUUUUUAUUUACCUUUCAAGGACAAACUUUGGAUUGGCCAAAACUCAGUUGGCAUAAGUUCAGGGCCAAAUCCAGAUUUAAAAAAACACCCAGGGGCUGGGGACGUGGCUCAGUGGAAUAAGCGCUUCCCUGGCAAGUGC